CGUAAUAUAAAGAGCUGCUCACAUAUUCGUGUUCAGUUUGAAUUAACAGCCACAGUUCAAGAUGUUGAUUAAAAUUCUGUGCUUGGCAGUUUUGCCUUACUUUGUGCAAUGUGCCUGCCCUACAAUUAUUUCUAGGUCGCAAUGGGGUGCCGCAGCUCCUAAACGAGUAAUUCGUUUGAGACAAAAUCCACCUCCUUUUGUUGUUGUUCAUCAUUCUGAUACUCCGGUUUGUAAUAGUGAAUCCCAGUGCAAAACUAGAAUUAAGAAUAUACAAAGCCAACACAUGAAGAACAAUGGCUGGGAUGAUAUCGGCUACAACUUUGUGAUUGGUGGUGACGGAAAUGUAUACGAGGGUCGUGGAUGGGGCAUUUUUGGUUCUCAUGUACCAAGAUAUAAUGGAAAAAGUAUCGGUAUUGUGCUGAUUGGCAACUUUAAUACUCAAAGACCCCCGCAGACGCAGUUGGAUGCUCUGAAAAACCUUAUUGCCUGUGCGAAAGAAAACAAUUACGUGAAAGCAGAUUAUCAUUUGAUUGGUCAUAGACAAGGAAAAGUAACAGAGUGUCCCGGAGAUCAGUUGUUCAAUGAAAUUUCUAAUUGGCCACAGUUUGAUCCAAGUGUAAGGCCUUGAUAUUUUUUUAUAUUGUUAUCGAUUGUUACUGUUUUCAAUAAAGGUGUAUUUAAUUGCA